AUGCGCCGAGAAAUGCGUCGAUAUCACACUGAACCUGCGCCGAUCAAGCUUGUGAAGCCUGCGCUGUCUCGCAGCGUGUCGGGGCAGGUUCCACUGGUUCCCCCCGACACUGACGGGGUGAGACAACAACUCCUGGCAGAUGGCCCAUCCACUACAUUGCUGGAUGUUGCCAAAGGCAUUAUUGACAGGCUCCUGGAAAACCCAGAGCUGGAAGUGGAAGAAACACUUUUCUUAAAAGACUGCAUCGGGGCGAGCCUGGAAACUCUGGCAAUGCCCUGUUCUUUACUGCAGCGAGACACAGGCGAUGGAACUCCAGGUGGAUAUGACUACCUCUUUUCCAUCUAUGCCAAGCAGGUGCAGCCAAGCUCCUCGUGUCCCGGAACGCCUGGGAGCCGCUCAAGAACCCCUUCGGUGGCUUUCCGACAACCCAACUGGGACUCAAUAGACUCGAAGAUGUUGACGGCCUUCGAUCUGUGGGACUUUGAUAGCUUUGAGCUGUCAGAGGCAACCCGUGGCCACCCGCUGCGCUUUGCCGCGUGGAGGGCGCUUGAUGGCUUCCUUUCUGACGAGACUGAGAUUUUCCUUGACAUGGACAAGACCAGCCGCUUCUUGGAAGCUGCCGAGGAGAUGUAUGCCAAAGCAGACACUGUACUUUAUCAUAACAAUGUGCAUGCAGCAGAUGUGACCCAGUGCGUGCAUGCUUUGCUUGUACAAUUUGGAUUCGCGGCCUUCUUUGACCAGCUCAGCAUUCUAGCCCUUCUCCUGGGCGCUGCUGUGCAUGACAUGGGCCAUGAUGGGCGCACAAACUCCUACCACGUGAACGUGGGGGAUGACAUAGCUUAUACAUACAAUGAUAUUAGUGUUCUGGAGAACAUGCAUAUCUCCAAAGCCUUCAAGCUCAUGCGCACUGACCCAUCCGCAAACAUACUGGAUGGCUUCAAACAUGAUCAUCGCACACGUCUUCGCAAGGAGAUGGUGGAGGUAGUUCUGGGUACAGACAUGUCUUCCCAUUUCGGAAAUGUAGCGGACUUCAAGACUUUGGUCGAGAAGCUCGGUAAUGAGACACGGGAGUGGCACGAAGAGAAAGCCAUGUCUGCAUUGCGGGUGAUGGUCCUCCAUGCGAUGGACAUCUCCAAUCCUGCGAAGGUGCUAGACCUUUCGGACAAGUGGUCUGAUUUGCUUCGGCAAGAGUUCUUCCUCCAAGGAGACCAGGAGAGGCAGCUUGGACUGCCCAUAUCUCCACUCUGUGAUCGCGAUACCGUGCGGUUCGCAAGCUCGCAGGUUGGCUUCUUUACCAUCAUUGUCCAGCCUACUUUCGCCCUCCUGGCAGAGCUGCAGCACAGAGUCAAGGACAGGCUGCUUGUACAUCUUCGCAAGAACACGGAAGCAUGGGAAGCGCGGAAGAAGGCAGAGUCGCCUGGCACACAAUACUACUCCUCUAAAGUAGCCCCUGGACCCUAUUCGUAG